AUGGCCAACAACAAUGAAGAAGAGGAAGAGGAAGUAGUGGUGCAAAUGGUCAAGUUGGGUUCUUACGGUGGUGAGGUCCGGUUGGUGGUUGGUGAUGAGGAAUCUGUUGCAGAGGAGACCAUGCUGCUUUGGGGUGUUCAGGAACCCACACUUUCCAAACCCAAAGCCUUUGUCUCUCAAGCUUCCUUGCAACUCUCACUCGACUCUUGUGGCCACUCUCUCUCCAUUCUUCAAUCCCCUUCCACUUUGGGGACGCCUGGAGUUACUGGAGGAGUGAGGUGGGACAGUGGAGUUGUAUUGGGGAAGUUUCUAGAGCAUUCUGUUGACUCAGGGAUGCUUGUUUUCCAGGGAAACAAUAUUGUUGAAUUGGGAUCUGGUUGUGGAUGGGUUGGGUUAGUAAAAUUGCAAUCUCAUUCUAGUCUUAUUUUGUCCUCCUUAGUUACAUUGCAGGCCUUUUGGAUGGUGAGGUCAUUGUUUUUCUCUACGGGUUCUGUAACCUCCACUGAACUCACAUGGGGAGAAGAUCCUGACUCAGAAUCAUAACUCAUUGACCCCACACCGGAUUUCGUGCUAGGAUCUGAUGUAGUGUACAGUGAGGGGGAUGUUUUGGAUCUGCUAGAGACCCUUGUGCAGCUCUCUGGACCUAAUACAACAAUUUUUUUGGCGGGAGAACUCCGAAAUGAUGCCAUUCUUGAGUAUUUCUUAGAAGCUGCAACGGAUAAUUUCACUAUCGGCCGCUUGGAUCAAAAGCUCUGGCACCCUGAUAAUUGCAGCAAUCGUGUUGUUCGUUAUGUUCUACUGAAGAAAUGAUUCAUCAAGAAUUUAACUAUACUUUCUUUGUUAGCCCUCAAGUAUUUUGUUAUUUUCUGUCCAUGUCAGUUUGGUUUGGUUUGAUGACUUCCAAACAAAAAUUUGCGAUAUUGUGCAUUUUAAUAGGAUAGAAUGCUGAAGUUUUGGCUGGGAAUUGGAACUCUGUUCACCAAGACUUAGCUAAGCUGUGUUAAUGGCUUUUUAGGAUGCGUUUGAAAAACAAUAUUUAAAUCAUGCACUAUUUUUUUAGUA